GUAGCGAGCUAGCCCGCUAGCUAGCAAGCAAGCAACAUUAAUUUAAUUCAUUGCUUGGCGAGAGCUAGCCAGCUGUGCAUGUCAACCAACACUGAUGUAGUAACCAUUUUUUAUUCUUCUGUUACUGCUUAUCUCGUUGAGAUUUGUUCAAACUAUAAACGGGGUAACUAAAUUGUGCAUGUGAAUAAGAGCACUUUUAAUAUGGACCCUUGUGAGGUUUUUUUCCCCCUUUUUUCUUUUAUAUUAGCCUAGAUGGCUAGUUACAUUAACAUUACCUGAUGUUAGCUCAAUGAAAACUAGCCUAGCUAACAGACAGUGCAUCAAGGUCUAGCCAGUAGACCAGUAGCGUGUUGAUGACUAACUUGGCUAGGUAUCCAGCUUGUGGUUUGGGGAAGUUGAGUUUUCUGUCGAUCAGUCUAUGUCCUUCCGACCAGACUAACAACGGUAUCGAGCAAGUCAGCUCUAGGCAGGUGUAUGUUUGCCUGAAAGCUAACGGUUAACUAGCCAGUUAGCUCGGAUAGCUAGCUAAAGCAAAUAGCCUAGGAAGGCAGCCAGCCGCAUACAUCUGGGUUCAAAAUGGAAUUCAUCUCUUCUGUGAUGCAUUCUGUUGCGCGCAUGGUUUGCUAUUAAUAAAUCAUUGUAAACUCUGAAGUGCUGGUAGAUCAACGCCGGCCAAUUAAGGCGCCAUGCAAACGCCCGAGGCCGGCGCUGACUCGUCCACGGUGCCCCUCCAGACCAGCGUGCAGCCGGCCGUCUCUGCACAGCAAGGGGUCUCUCAGGUGGCCGUCCAGCAGCAGGCUCAGACUGUUCAGCAAGUGCAGCAUGUGUAUCCAGCACAGGUCCAGUAUGUGGAGGAGAACAACGGGGUCUACACCAAUGGGACCAUUCGGACGUACUCCUACUCGGAGCCUCAGCUCUACAGCCAGAACAGCGGGGGGAACUACUUUGACACGCAGGGGGGCUCGUCGCAGGUGACCACGGUGGUGUCGUCGCAUGGCAUGGCCAACAACGGCGGGGGAGGCGGCGGCGGCGCGGCCGGCAUGGGCAUGGGUCUGACGGGGGGUCAGCUGAUCAGCAGCUCGGGCGCCUACCUCAUCGGUGGGAGCAACUCCAUGGACAACGCCACGGCGCACCCCACCGCGCAGACUCCCCGUGCCUCGCCGGCCACGGUUAGUAUUGAAAUGGCGAUUGAGACGCUCCAAAAGUCUGAAGGGUUGUCCUCUCAGAGAAGCUCGCUGCUCAACAGCCAUCUGCAGUGGCUCCUGGACAACUACGAGACGGCGGAGGGCGUGAGCCUGCCGCGCUCCACCCUCUAUUACCACUACAUGCGCCACUGCCAGGACCAGAAGCUGGACCCGGUCAACGCCGCCUCCUUUGGCAAGCUCAUCCGCUCCAUCUUCAUGGGGCUUCGCACCAGACGCCUGGGCACCCGGGGGAACUCUAAGUACCACUACUACGGGAUCCGCGUCAAGCCUGACUCGCCCCUCAACCGGCUGCAGGAGGACAUGCAGUACAUGGCACUCAGACAGCAGCCCAAGCAGAGGUUCAAGCCGGUUGCCAAGGUGGAUGCCAUGUCGGGGGAGAACUACUCUGGGGCCGCGGUGCAGCACACGGCCAACGCAGCCGAGCAGACCGUCAUCGCUCAGAGCCAGCACCACCAGCAGUUCCUGGAUGCCUCCCGUGCGCUGCCUGAGUUUGCGGAGCUGGACCUGGGAGAGACCUGCGUGGACCACAUCAUCCUUGAUGACGUCAGAGCCCUGCAGACGCUCUACAGGGAGCACUGUGAGGCUAUCCUGGACGUGGUGGUGAACCUGCAGUUCAGCCUGAUAGAGAAGCUGUGGCAGACCUUCUGGCGCUAUACCCACUCCAGUACUGUAGAGGGCGCCACCAUUACAGAGAACAGUGCGGUGAGUGAGAUUGAGAGCCGUCUGCCGCGGGCCAAGCUGCUGCUGCUCUGCAGGAACGAGGGCGUGUUGAAGUGGAUGAGUGCCUGCGACCACCUCAUGUACCAGGUCCUGGUGGAGAUACUCAUACCAGAUGUCCUCAGGCCUAUACCCAGUGCCUUGACUCAAGCCAUCCGCAACUUUGCCAAAAGCCUGGAGGGCUGGCUCAACACGGCCAUGAACGCCGUGCCCCAGAGGAUGGUCCAGACCAAGGUGUCAGCUGUGAGUGCCUUUGCGCAGACGCUGCGCAGGUACACCUCCCUGAACCACCUGGCGCAGGCGGCGCGCGCCGUGCUGCAGAACACCUCGCAGAUCAACCAGAUGCUGUCCGACCUCAACCGAGUGGACUUCGCCAACGUGCAGGAGCAGGCCUCGUGGGUGUGCCAGUGCGAGGAGGGCGUAGUGCAGCGUCUGGAGCAGGACUUCAAAGCCACGCUGCAGCAGCAGAGCUCCCUGGAGCAGUGGGCCGCCUGGCUGGACAACGUGGUGAGCCAGGUGCUCAAGCCCUACGAGGACCGCGCCAGCUUCCCCAAGGCAGCGCGCCAGUUCCUGCUCAAGUGGUCCUUCUACAGCUCGAUGGUGAUCCGGGACCUGACCCUGCGCAGUGCAGCCAGCUUCGGCUCCUUCCACCUGAUCCGCCUGCUGUACGACGAGUACAUGUUCUACCUGGUGGAGCACCGUGUGGCCCAGGCUACGGGGGAGACCCCUAUAGGCGUCAUGGGAGAGUGUGACCAGCUGAACUCCAUGUCUCCCAACAUCGACAAAGUCCAUGUGUUUCCAGACGAGGUGAGCGAGAUGGACAGCGAUCUGGAGGAUGACCUGGAGGACUGCGGCGAGCCACUGGCCAAGCGGGAGAAGGCAGAGUCGGAGCUGGAGCCCGACGUCAUCCAGGUGCUGCAGGUGGGCACCAUGGAGGACGGCAGUAGCGCCGUGGUGGGCAUGCUCAGCUCGCUGCCCACCGUCUGCAUCACCACCACAACCGCCGCCGCCACGGUCAUCCCAGUCGAUCACCCCGAGCACAUCCUGCCACCGCCUCUGCCCUGCAUCACCACAGCCGCCGCCACGGUCAUCCCGGUCGAGCACCCUGUGCACAUCCUGCCACCGCCUCCGCCCGGCGCCACCAGCACCAUCCGCCACUGCAACAGUGCAGGGAAUAGCUUCACCCCUGUGUAAAAGGGUGCAGGGGGGCGCAGGGUCAAGCCCACCUUCUACCACCUCCACCUUCCCUUCUCCUCAUCCAGUUUUUCUUUCUGAAGCACCCCACUCAAUCUCUCAUCCUUUUACUCAUUUGUCUAAAGCUUUCUCUGGCUUUUUAGUAGUUUUGUUUUUGUAUGAGAUUCAUUUGUUCUGUUGUGAUGCUGAGAGGUCUCCCCUCUUGCCUUAUCAGGAGGUUGUUGUUGGGUUGGGGGAGAUCUCUCUUAGAUGCUGUGGAUGAAGCUGGGUGCUCUGGACAGAGAGAGAGGAGGAGGAGGUGGAGAGGAGGGGAUGACUGUGAAGAUGAGGAUGAAGAGGCCCGACUCUUCCUCAGCCACACGGUGCACAGGGGAAGGAGAGGCAACGUGUGUCCACCCAAGGGUUUGUCCCUUAACACGAGAAACGCUCCGAUAUUCCAUUUACACUAAAAUUCAUUGAUGAUCUAGCGCUCAAAUCCAAGUCACCAAGUCUGAAAAGAAACAAACGUCAUUUGAUUUGACGUUUUUGAUUUUUGAUUUUUUUUUUCACCAUCCUGUUAUUAAUACUAGUAUUUUGUUAUCACUUUUCAGAUAUGAUCAUGGUUUAUCAGUUUGUGCAAAAACACAAAAUCUUUUGCCAAAUAUGUCUCUCAUCCCCUGCCCAGCCCUUCCUUUCUUUUUGCUUGGCGUUGUGUCUGGAAAAGUGCUGUCUUUACUCCCCAUAUUUCCGCUGUGCUGCUAGAGUUGUCAGGCAGGUUGUGUGAGAUCACACUCGUACCUACGCCGUUCUCAUGCGCCACGUCCAUUGCGUGGGACGUCGUUCCAAAUGCCUUCUGUUGGCUAGGCUCAGUCGCUUCAUAGUUUUUCUAUGGGCAUUGUUUUUUCUACCGGGUGUCUUAUUCUGUAUGUUCAAUAUUGCUGUGUUGUGACUGCUGUAGAGGUCUGUUGUAUUCUUUUUUUCUUUCUUUUUUUUUUCUUCGGAUUGGACCAAAUACAGAGGAAGUGAUGCGUUGUUGGAGAUGAGGUUCUCUGAGAGGUUUUGUUGUCGUCGUUGUUGUUGUUGCUGUUCCUCCCGCGCCUGUGCCGUGCUGUAGAACCAAGCCGAAUGUCAGGGACCUCGUGUACCUCGGGUUCAUCCCAGUGCCUUAACCCAGCCACCGCACGCCGUCUCUGUCUGCCCAGUGAUUGGGUGACCAUCUCCACACUGGCAUCAGCUGUUUGUCAGUGGAGAGGAGGGUUUUGGAGAUUGAUUUCGUUUUUUGGGGGGGUUUAUUUGUGUCAAAUUGAGGGGAAAAAAAAUAUAAUUUGAAUUAGGUUUUUUUUCUUCUCAUAAUUAGUUGUCUUAUAAUUCGCAUUUUUUUUUUGGUCAUACUACUGCUUCUUAACUCUAAUGACUGUCCACGUCUUGCCUCGUCUUUGAGUUGUGCGAGAUGCCUGAGCCUGGCUGAUUGUGUGUGUUUGUUAUAUUGGGCUUGUACGUCUUUUUUGUCCCUCUCUCGGUCCGUAGUGCCCUCUUGUGCCCCUACCUCAUGCCAGUGGUGCCCGACCCCCACCCCUUCAUCUCUCUUCCUUUUCUGUCAACCUAGCCCUUCGCUUUUUUCGUGCUUAACAGUAAAUAUCUGUACAAAGGACCAAAAGUUGAGAUUUUCUAUGAUAUAUAUAGCUAUAUAAAUAUAUAUAGAUAUUAUAUUCAGACAAAUUCUACUGAAGACGCAACAGAUGCAUAUUCUGUUUCUUGUUUCUUUUUCUUUACCUUUUCUAAUAUGGCUAAACCGUUAACGUGCCGCAGGUGGCAUUUAUGUUUUUCACCCCCCACCCCCCCACACACACACAUACACAGUUGAAGGAGACUGUCGGCUCAGAGUUAGCAUCAAGCUAACACCUCCUAGCUUAAGUUAGCUGCUGACAGACCUUAAGAGUCUGCCUUUGCUGUGAUGGUCACUGGUGGCCAAGGGCAGCUGGGUUUAUGACCCACCUCCCUCACUGAGCUCUUAAGAUGUGAUCUUAAGAUCAUGUGGCUAUCAGUCGGGCAGACUAUGAUUUACACUGUAAGCUAGUUGUAUACUUGACCUGUUCUUGACCUGUUGUUGUUGUUGUUGUACACUUGACCUGUUCUUUGAUAGCUGUUACACAAUUAGAAGAGAAAAAAACACAACACACUUCUACAUGGCAUAAGAUGAUGAACUGGAAAUACUCCUUACUACUGAUCAUUUUCCUAAAUAGUUGUGUUUUUGUUUUUGUUUUCCUCAAUCAGGAGAGCUGUCUGCACGAACGCCUUUAGUUCUGUGUCUUUUUGAUUGAUUGUUGUCCAUACAGGAAUGUUGUAUUCACUUGAAAUGUAUAUUUAUGUUUAUUGAGGG